AUAGAUAACCGAUCAACAAUAUGUCUCGUUUAAUUAGAGCUCUCAUCAUGGGUCCACCGGGAUCAGGAAAGGGCACGAUGUCAUCCCGAAUAGUCAAAGAAUUUAAACUAAAUCAUCUAUCAAGUGGAGACCUUCUUCGAAGUCAGAUUCAACGACAGACAGCUGUUGGAGUCCUUGCCAAGCAGUACAUUGAUAAAGGGAGCCUUGUUCCUGAUGAUGUCAUGGUUAAACUCAUCACACAUGAACUCAAUGGACUACCACCCAACUGGUUAUUAGAUGGUUUUCCACGGACUGUCUCGCAGGCGGAUUCUCUCUCUAAGAAUCAAACACUUGAUGCUGUGUUGAACUUAGAUGUGCCCUUUGAUGUCAUAGUACAAAGGUUAGAAUGGCGAUGGAUACACCCCGGAAGUGAUCGGGUGUAUAACUUAGAUUGGAAUCCACCCAAAGUACCGUUCAAAGACGAUGUAACAGAAGAGGAUUUAAUUCAGAGAGAUGAUGACAAACCAGAAACAGUUCGAGCAAGGCUUGAAGCAUAUGAGCAGCUAACUAAACCAGUCUUAGAAUUCUAUAGAUCCAAAGGAAUAUUGACAGAGUUCCAUGGAACGGAGACAAACCAGAUUUGGCCUCAUGUCAAAGAUUUCUUAUCAGAUCUCCUUCAGCAUCCAUCAAAACAAAGUAUAGAGUAAAGGUAGCCAUUGGAGGUAUUUCCUAAUCAAGUUUAAAGCCUGUCAAAUGUUUUUAGCAAUAAUGUGAAUCGUGCUCCAGUAUCAUCUGACAUACCAAUAUUUAAUACAAAGACCUGGCUGUUGAGUUUUUUUUCAGCCAUCAAUUUUUUUGGUGAAAAUUUUGAUUUCAUUUCCAGUGUAGAAUCUGAAG